AUGACAUCAAGAUUGAGCGAGGACGACGACCACGAUGAUUCUGAUAUUCCUGUCAUUCAGUUGGAACGUCCAACGCCGAAGGAUCUGGCAGAGCAUGGCUUCUUCUUUGCUCCGCUUCCAGGAGUCGCGUGCUUCGCCUGCGGGAAGGUUUUGUUCAACUGGGACCCCAACGAUCAGAUUGCAGAUGCCCACAAGUUGUUUUCUCCAAACUGUCCCCUGGUGCUGGGGAAACCCGUCGAGAUUCCAUCUGGUGUGAAGAAGACGCAGGAGAAGCCAACAUGGAAGGUUUUUGAGACCAACAGUGAACAACCAAAGAUUUCAUCGGAGCCCAACGCCGCAAAACUCUCCAGCUUUGUCGAUACGAUCCGUCAGGUUGCGAGCAAUGUUGAAGCUGAUGGAGAUCUGGUGAAACGGGUUGGAAAGACAAAGAAUGCCAAGAAGAAGAAGAUUGUCGCUGAAGGAGAAUUUCCGAAUGCUCACUCGGCCUCGCUUUCGGAUGAGAACACGGCCUCAGGUGACUGGAUUGACGAACCUGACAACACAAACAACAACAAUGAUGAUGACGAUGAGGAUGAAGAUGAGGAUGAGGAUGACAACGAUGUCAGCAGCGGCAUCAACACCAGCGAUCAAUCUGAUCGACAAGCUGCCGCUGCUUCUGAAAUUGCGGAUGAGAUUUCAAAUUCUGAGAUGCGAUUUGAGGUCCGUGCCUUCGUUGGUCAGACGAGCGAGCUUGAGAUCAGGUUGGCAACAGCCAAGAAGUUGAUGAAAGAUCAGCAGGAGAAAGUUGAAUCGAUCAAACGCAAAGUCGCGCUCCUUCGAGACGACAGCCUGCUGGGCAAGAGAUGCGAGGAGCUGAAGAGAGUGAGGGAGGAGACGCGAGAGUCGCUCGAUGAGAAGAGAAAACUGGAGGUAGAGCUCAACGAUCUUCGAUCGCAGACAGAAGCAGAGAAAGAAGACCUGGAGAUCAUUCGGAACAAGCAACGUCUGACAGCAGAACUCGACGAGAAGAUCGCGAGCCAGCAGAAGCAGCUGGAGGGUUUGCAAGAGGCUGCGGAGGAGGCGAAGGAGGAGGCGAGGGGGGCGAGGAGGGACAAGGAGGAGAUGGAGUUGUCGCUGAUGCAAGUGCGAGACGAGCUGAGGGACGAGAUCUCCGAGCUCCACCAGCAGAAACUGGCGCACGAGACCUCGCUCAGCGAGAUGAGCGAGCAGAUGCUGCGGGUGAAGAAGCUUUAUGGGGAGUACAAGGUCAGCUGGAGGAGGAGGAGAGCGAAGAGGGAGGAGGAGGAGGAGGAGAGCGAAGAGGGAGGAGGAUAG